AUGACCUACUCCCUCGCAUCCCGCCCAAAGCGGCCCUCAACAGCCUCCUCCCUCAUGAGCAAGCUCACCCUCAUCGCCUUUGUCCUCGUCGCCCUCCUCUGCUUCCUCCCUGCCGGCGUGCGCGCCGAGGACAAGGAGGACGUAGGUACUGUUAUUGGUAUUGAUCUGGGAACCACCUACUCUUGUGUCGCUGUCCAGCGAGGCGGAAAGGUCGAGAUCAUCGCCAACGACCAAGGAAACCGUAUCACCCCCUCAUGGGUCGCAUUCACCGAAGAGGAACGUCUCAUCGGUGACGCCGCCAAGAACCAGGCCCCCAACAACCCCGAGAACACUGUCUUUGACGCCAAGCGACUCAUCGGUCGAUACUUUAGCGACCCCGAUGUCACUCGUGACAGGAAGCACUGGCCUUUCAAGAUUGUCAGCAAGGAGGGCAAGCCCAUGAUCCAGGUCAACCACAGGGGCGACCUCCGAGACUUUACUCCCGAGGAAGUUUCUGCCAUGGUUCUCGUCAAGAUGAAGGAGACUGCCGAGGCCUACCUUGGCCACAAGGUCACUCACGCCGUCGUGACUGUGCCCGCCUACUUUAACGACGCACAGCGAUCUGCCACCAGGGACGCUGGUACCAUCGCCGGUCUUACUGUUCUUCGUAUCGUCAACGAGCCCACCGCCGCCGCCAUCGCCUACGGUCUUGACCGAUCUACCAAGAAAGAGUCCCAGAUCAUUGUGUACGACCUCGGAGGUGGUACAUUCGAUGUCUCCCUUCUUUCUAUCGAGGACGGUGUCUUUGAAGUCUUGGCUACUGCCGGUGACACUCACCUUGGUGGUGAAGACUUUGACAACCGUGUCAUCGAGUACCUCGUCAAGCAGUACAAGAAGAAGACCGACGUCGACGUUUCCAAGAACAACAGGGCUAUGGGUAAACUCAAGCGUGAGGUCGAAAAGGCCAAGCGAACUCUGUCCAGCCAGAUGAGCACCAAGAUUGAAAUCGAGGCUUUCGAGAGCGGUAACGACUUUGCCGAGGCGACCAAGUUUGAGGAGCUCAACAUGGACCUUUUCAGAAAGACCAUGAAGCCCGUCGAGCAGGUCCUCAAGGACGCUGGUGUCAAGAAGGACGAGGUCGACGACAUUGUGCUCGUUGGUGGUUCUACCCGUAUCCCCAAGGUCCAGCAGCUUCUCAAGGAGUACUUCAACGGCAAGGAGCCUUCCAAGGGUAUCAACCCCGACGAGGCCGUUGCCUACGGUGCCGCUGUCCAGGGUGGUAUUCUCUCUGGCGAGGCCGGAAGCAGCGAUGUCCUCCUCAUCGAUGUCUGCCCCCUGACCCUUGGCAUCGAGACCACCGGUGGUGUCAUGACCAAGCUCAUUGCGCGAAACUCUGUUGUGCCCACCAAGAAGUCUCAAAUCUUCUCUACCGCCGCCGACAACCAGCCCACCGUCAGGAUCCAGGUCUUCGAGGGUGAGCGAUCAAUGACCAAGGACAACAACAUGCUUGGUGAAUUCGACCUCAACAACAUUCCUCCUUCUCCCCGAGGUGUCCCUCAGAUCGAGGUCACUUUUGAGAUUGACGCCAACGGUAUCCUCCGAGUUUCUGCCGCCGACAAGGGCACUGGCAAGACCGAGUCCAUUACCAUCACCAACGACCAGCGACGACUCUCCCCCGAGGAGAUUGAGCGCAUGGUCCAGGAGGCGGAGGAGUUUGCCGACGAGGACGCCGCGGUCAAGAAGAGGAUCGAGUCCCAGAACGGUCUCCAGAACUUUAUCUUCUCUCUCAAGUCUCAGGUUGGCGACGCCGAGGGUCUCGGUGGCAAGCUUUCCGAGGAUGACAAGGACACUAUUCUUUCCGCCAUCAAGGAGAAGACUGAGUGGCUCGAGGAGCACCCCCAGGCGGAGGCCGAGGACUACGAGGAGCAGCUCUCUGAGCUCCAGGCUACUGUCGCUCCCAUCACUUCCAACUUGUACAGUGGCGGUGGCAGCGCCUACGACGAGGAGAUGCCUUUCGGUGGUCACGACGAGCUCUAA